AUGCAUAAGCCCUCUCCUCGUCGCCUGUCACGCCCGACUCGCCGCGACCGCAUCUACCCCGCUCACGUCUACCCCGCCCCCACGUUAACCACUAUCUACCGCCAUGACAUCCUCGUUUGCAGCGGUCGCAGCAACACGACUGUGCGUCGGCCUCAUCUACGGCAUCGCGAACGUCAUCAUCCCCGUCCACCUACUCGCCUGGGAUUCGCAUUAACUCUGUACAACACGUUCGCACCGCUCCUGCCUGAAAGCCGUGUGGUACCAGAAGGCCGGCCGGGCGAGGGUGGGCUCUGGCCACGGUUCAUCCCUCCGAAAGACACGGACAGCCGGAGCUGCUGCCCGAUGCUGAACACCAUGGCGAAGCACGGCCUCCCUCGGGACGGGCGCAACAUCACCUUCCGCGAGCUCAGCAUCAGAGUCCGGGAGACGUCAGCUUCGCGGUCAGACUCAUCACGCUGCAGACGCGCUGAACCGCAACUACUGGACGGACAAGAUCGAUCUCAGUGCGCACAACUGCGUCGAACACGACACGUCCCUAUGCAGUACGUCCCCUUCACACAUUCAUCGAUACGACGACAGCUGACACACGGGUUCCACAACCCCGACCAGCCGAAACCCGCGCCGCAUCUCCGAAUCAAGCUCCUCGAGAGCGGGACAGGCCCGGGCGGCGACAUCACCACUGGCGACCUCUCGCGCAUGCUCGGCAAGCGGUGCGCCCAGUCCAAGGCCAGCAACGGCCAGUACAGCCAGGCGAUGGUCCACAAGCCUCUUCAGUGCCUCCAAGUGCCGGCUCGACGAUCUGCGGCGGGCGGGAAGAACCUGUAUCCCUUCCUCCUCGAGGAGCGCACCCCGGACGGGUGGCAGCCACGUAUUCGGAACCCCAGCGGCUUCACCAUGAUGACGUUCCAGAACGCCGUGCUCAAGGUCGAGCUCGGUAUCAGGGAGGAGGUCGAGGACACCCUCCGGCUCUUGCGCAUGAGCAGCAUUUACGUAGACGUCAAAACGAAGUGA